CAGCAGUUAGAGUUCCGGGUAGCUCGUGUGAGGCGGAGCUCCGCAGUUCCGUCUGCUUCAUCCGCAGCGGCUCCCUGUCUGUCUCGUUGCAUUCUCCAGAGAGGGACGGACCUCCACUUCCUCUAUCAGAAAAAUGUCUGCUCCAGCUCAGCCACCUGCUGAAGGAACAGAAGGGGCUGCCCCAGGUGGAGGUCCUCCUGGCCCUCCUCCUAAUAUGACCAGUAAUAGACGACUCCAGCAAACCCAGGCACAAGUGGAGGAGGUGGUGGACAUCAUGCGUGUGAAUGUGGACAAGGUCCUAGAGAGGGACCAGAAGCUGUCAGAGUUGGAUGACCGAGCUGACGCCUUGCAGGCCGGAGCGUCCCAGUUUGAGAGCAGUGCUGCCAAGCUGAAAAGGAAGUACUGGUGGAAAAACUGCAAGAUGAUGAUCAUGCUGGGAGCUAUCUGUGCCAUCAUCGUGGUUGUUAUUGUAAUCUCUUUUUCCUCCCACCGCCCAUGUGCAUGAGCAAGUAUGCCUCUAAACCCUGGGACUUUGCAGCCAGUGAAGCCAAGCUUCCCACAUCCCCUUCUUUGGUUUGUCAUGAGACGAUGUGGGGUUUCCAUUGUGUCUGUCAUUGCCUCUGUCUUUUUCCUAACCCAGUCUCAUAGUUUAUGUAUAGAGUAGUAAGAGUUGUAUUUCCACCAAAGGCAUGUGACAUAUCUACCAAUUUCAUGUAUUCUCAACGACGGUGAAAAAUACAAAUUCCUUCCACAACAUCAUUUUGGUUGUUGUUUGGGUUGUUGUAUUGGGGAGGGGAGAAGAGGGUGUCAUCCUAGGUUGGCUGUAGGCCAGAAGGGCUGCCUGGUGUGUGUUCUUCGGUCUUCCUGGAAAUUAAAGUCUCUGUGUUGGCAGAG